GUUUGUUUUGUGUGCGAAAACUGCGAUUCCGUUCCUCCGUCCCUUGUUUCUGUUUAUCGAUAAAUUCAUAAAUCAAUCAAAUUUCAGGAGGGAAAUCUUCAGGAGGGAAAUCUUGAGAUAGGGGUAAUUAAAAGAGAAGGAUCAUGGGAAGACCUCCAAACGUUGGACCCGGCCCAUCCUUUCGAUUUACAGCGAAUGAGGUGUCGGAAAUGGAGGCUUGUUUACAAAAAGCUAAUUUUAUAAUACCAAGCUUGGAAGUUAUUCGCUCCAUUGCAGAGAAGUUUAGUGCAUCUGCAGAGCGAUCAGGAAAGAUGAUUGUGCAUCAGAAGCAGGUGUUGAAUUGGUUCCAAAAUAGGAGAUAUGCACAAAAGGCAAAAACAAUGAAGCCUUCCGAGAACUUGAGCGUGACCCCCAUAUCCCGUGAGGAUUUAGUCCCUUUAAGGAAUGUGCCUCAUAUUAUGCCUGUUCCUUCAGGAAGAAGUACUUCAGAUAGUAAUGCUUUAAUGGAGUUUGAAGCCAGAUCAUCGAGGGAUGGUGCAUGGUAUGAUGUGGCGGCUUUUAUCUCUCAUAGGAUGUUUGAAACAGGUGAUCCGGAAGUUCGAGUCCGAUUUGCAGGAUUUGGGGCAGAAGAGGAUGAAUGGAUCAAUGUGCGCAAGCAUGUGAGACAGCGAUCUCUCCCAUGUGAAGCAUCCGAAUGUGUUGCAGUGCUUGCUGGAGAUCUAAUACUUUGCUUUCAGGAAGGUAAAGAUCAGGCUCUCUACUAUGACGCACAUGUGCUUGAUGCGCAAAGGCGGAGACAUGAUGUACGAGGAUGUCGAUGUAGGUUUCUUGUGCGUUAUGAUCAUGAUCAGGCCGAGGAAAUAGUGCAAUUGAGGAAGGUGUGUCGUCGACCAGAAACUGAUUACAGAUUGAGAUUACUCCAUAGCGCAAGGGAGUUUGUGCUAGUGGACCCAAAGAGGGAAAUGGGAGAGAAAACUACCAGUGCUGUUAACUCUUGUUCAAGGAAUUAUUCAAAUUCUGAACCUGUGGAGUCACAUCAGGCGGAAGUAACUGCAGAUCGUAAGGUUAAAGAGUCUCCUGUCGGUGUAACUGCUGAAACUAUUGGGACAGCAGUGGCAAUAAAAGUUGAAACAGGUACUAAAUGUAAUGACAACAUUGGAAAUCCCGGUAACCAAAUGACUUCAGGAGGCGAUGCUGUAACGGCAUCAGCCAUCACUAGUGUCAGGAACAACCCCAACACCUCUACCAAUUCUGGCAAUAGUGAGUGAUAAAACAGCAUCGGCCAACACUAGUGCCAGCAACAACCCCAACACAAUUACCACUUCUGGCAGUGGUGAGAAUGAUGAAAUGGCAGUGGCCACCAUUAGUGCCAGCAGCAACCCCAACACGAUUACCACUUCUGGCAAUGAUUAAAUGGGGCAAGAAAAAUAAACAGAUACCAUUAUGAGGUGGAGUUAUCCUUCCAGAAGAAGUUAUUCGGCAUUGAAAUGGUGUUGUGUGAUCUGUAUGUAGAAUUGCAUCUGUACAAGGAUCUUUUUCUUCUUGUGGGUGUGUUGGUCUUGUAACCUAAUUCGGAACCUUAGAUAAAAACAUAUUGCUCCGCACCCAAACUGCAGUGCAGUAUUGGAACUUUUAGGGAGGAUGAAGUGUAGAUUGAGUCCUUGAUGACUGGUUAAAAUUGGCCAAAAGGGUUGUAUAUAUUCUAAUUGAUGCCUCUAUUUUGAUUUUCUUUUUUCUUUUCUUAUUUCCUAAUAUGAAAAUUUAGGACUAAAUUACACUCUCA